AUGGCUUCCUCUGACAUUGCGAGCCGCUGUGUGGCCUCAACUUUCGCAACUCCAACUCUCUUCGGGGCUGAGUUUCUUUCCAUCGAAGCGAAUGUUGUCCCCGAUUAUAGCUUCGACGUCCCACGCGGCUGGACCUACUCACAGCCAGCUUUGAAUGUCCAGAAUGUCACUUUCUGCAACGUCACCGUCACCUAUACGCAUACUGGCCAGAACGAUACCCUUCACGCCGAAGCUUGGCUACCCAGCGAGAAUAAUUACAAUGGAAGACUGCAGUCCCUUGGAGGUUCUGGCUGGACACCAGGUCGCUAUAUCCUGACUUAUGCCGGCAUGAUCAACGCCGUGGCAAAUGGCUAUGCUUCUGUUACAACGGAUGCUGGUAUCCCCGAGGCCGCUAGCCCCGCUGAGUGGCUGUUGAUAACUCCUGGGAAUAUCAACACGAACGCACUGCAGAACUUUGGCCAAGUUUCACUGGAUGACGAGGCUAGUAUUGCGAAGCAGCUGAUUAAAAGCUUCUACGGUAAGGCUCCAUUGCAUUCCUACUGGAAUGCUUGCUCCCAAGGUGGUCGCCAAGGCCUCAAACUUGCUCAACAGUAUCCUUCUGCCUACAAUGGGACCAUCGCGGCUGCUCCAGCAAUCAACUGGGCUGAGUUCUACAUCAAUUCCAUCUGGUCGGUAUUCUACAUGGGGUCUACUCAGCAGUUCCCCACGAUUCUGGACGGGGUCAAGGAUGGCAUCAUCAGCGACGUUGACGCUUGUCGGCGCCAAUUUAACCCUUUCAAACAGGUUGGGAAGACUUUUCACUGCACCAGUACCAGGUCGAAGCUCAAGAUUAGCCGCGCUGCUGCUUCCGUCGCCAAUGCCUCGUGGACCGGUCCCCGCUUCUCUAACGGUAAGUUCAUGUACCCCGGCUACGAGAUCGGUACCGAUCUCCCCACGCUUGCCCCAAAAAACUGUACCGGCACAGUCUGCAAGAGUGGAGGCGAAGGCUCUGUCGAGUUUGCUUGGAAGACUUUUGUCAAGAAAGACAUGGCAGCAACACUGAAGAACGCCACUGGUCGAGAUUUCGAUACGAUUUACCGUCACGUCAAGCAGAUCUUUGCUUCCAACCUUGAGACCAACGAGGUUGAUCUACGAGACUUUAGAGAUGCUGGAGGAAAGAUGAUUACUUAUCAUGGCCUGGUAAUAUCUCUUGUAUUUAAGAUCCGACUUCAAGCUAACAUCUCCCAGGCUGACCCGAGCAUUUCCCCUGGUGGCACGCUUCAGUAUUACAAUAAGGUAUCGGACUUUGUAGGCAACGUCACUUCUUUCUAUAAGUAUUACCAGGUACCUGCUCUCGGACACUGCUGGGGCGGCAAGGGUGGUCAGCCCGAAGCGUUGUUUAACCAGCUCCGGGCUUGGGUAGAGAAUGGCACUGAGCCGUUCUCUACUCCUGUGGUUGUGACCAGGUCGGACAAUACGACUCAACAGCAGAUUCUGUGCCCUUAUCCCCAGAAGCCGAGUUUCAACACCUCCUGCAGUGCUAAAAAUUCAACGAGAUGUUGGUCUUGUGCCCAGUAA